CUUUUGGUCGAUCGGCUCACGGUGGGGGUUUCGUCUUAUAUAGACGACGUGCGAAUGAAAAUUUUCAGUUUUUCUUUACGUAACCGUCCCGAUGGAAACUAGAGUUCCAGGAUUUUCCAGUGUCCUCGGGAUACUCCUUCUGUUCGCCUGCUUCUCGCCGCAAACCGAAGCGGCAUUCGACCCCGAAAGUUUCCAGGUAAAACUAGUUGCCUUAGAAAAGGUUCUCAAUUACAUUAAUGACAGACCGGAGCAAAUGAAUGUGGACGCUAUUUUUGGUGUUACUUUGGCCGAGGCUAAUUUAGUAGCAGCGCUUCUGCAUGAAAAUGUGAUAUAUUUGAAAAACGAAUUUUUCUUUGCUCUCAAAGAAAUAACUGUACUGUCAGAUCAGAUUCGAAGAAAGUUGAUAAAUACUAUUAUUGAUACUACGAAAAACGAAACGAUUUUAGUGCUAUCGAAUUUAUACAAUCCCAAUUUGUGGGUAAAACCUAUAUUGUGGACAAGAAUCUUGUCGAGAUCAAGACCCAAACCCAGUCAGUCAUUAAACUAUUUGGAAGUCGUUAAAUUUAUGUACCAUGGAACUCCCGAUGAAAUGGAAAGCGAUCAAUGCUUAAUUGAAAUUGUGCGUAGCAGUUUAAAAGCGAAAUGUGAAAUUCCUGCCAGUUGUACCGCAAUAUUGAUGGAGGAAGAUGAUUCUUCUGGAUAUCCUCUCACGCACAGACUGCUACUCGUUCAAGUUGCUAAAGCGAUGGGAUGCAAGGAGACUAAUGCGUCAUCGUUAUCCUCUUUGGUAUCUGCGUAUUGUGCCAGAAUCUAUCAAGAUCUCGUUAAACUCGAAGCAUGGAAUUUCCCAAGGAUUGCGCGGGAUCUUAUGAUGGAACAAGUCGUUUUAUGCGGCAUGGAAGGUUAUCACGAAUUUGUCGAUAAACAUUACGAAGAUAAAAUACUGAGUUGGUCUCAUUCGAGCGGUUGCUUUGGCUUAUUAGGAUUUUCUGACGAACAUAAAAUUGCUCGGCGAUCAUCAUCGACAAUCGACUUUGGAUGUGAGAAUCAUACAACAAGCGUUGCCGCCGCGAGUUUCGCCAUAUUUAUUCGGGAAAAUAUAGAAAACGCUCUCAACCAGAAUUAAUUUUAUAUUAUUUACGUUUUACUAAAAUAAUCACAUUUGUUUUUUUUUUGUAUUUAUUUAAUUUUCUCUAUUAAAGUUUCAUUAAAAUAUCACAGUUUUUUUAUCAAAACAUAUUCUAAUUUAUUAUAGUUUGAUGAUUUAUAUUGCUAAUAAGAAAUACACAAUGCAAUUUUAAAAAAUUAAUGUAACAAAUGUAUUUUGUAAACUGCAUUUAAAAGGAUUAUGGGAAGCUGAAAUAUAUUAUAUAAUGUGCAGCAGAUAU